AUGAAGGACAAGACAUCUAUGGAGUACUUCCAGGAUAACUUCUUCGAGGCCACUGAGGACGUUUACAACGCCACUUGGGAGCAUUUUGCGGAGUGUCUCGAAGACUUGGAACCUGUCGUAAAUCAAAAUCAGUCUCUUAAUUCUUCCUCGUCGGGCUCGCUGCCUGCGGACGUACCGUCGUUGUCUCAGUCGCACAUGCCUAAGAUUCAGUUACCGCCGUUCGAUGGUACAUAUUCGGAGUGGGAAACGUUCCGCGAUCGGUUCUCUUCUCUUAUCAUCAAUAACCCGUCGCUGAGGGAUUUCGCGCGCAUGCAUUAUCUUUCGUCCUCGCUGAAGGGCCGCGCGCUCGCUUGCCUUCGUGAUAUUUCCAUCACCGCAGACAAUUUUAAAUUAGCAUGGACUACAUUGUGCACGCGAUUCGACAACAAACGAAGGCUGAUCGCGUCUCACUUUUCUGCGCUCUUCGGAUUGUCGGCCCUCGCUAAAGAGUCGGCGUCCGAUUUGCAACUUCUUUGCGACAAUUAUCAGAUUUCGGUCAGUUCACUUAAGAAUCUCGGUCGAUCUACCAGUGAUCUCUGGGACGAUUUCCUCGUGCACUCACUCACUCAGAAGUUAGAUCCCGCCACCCGGAAGGCGUGGAAUCUUAAGACAAGCGACUCCGAAACUCCGCCUUCGUAUGAAGAAUUAAAUCGGUUUCUUACGAAUCGGAUCCGCGCGCUGGAGGAAUGCGCCUCCAAUUCGGUCGUUAAACCGCCUAAACCCGCGCCCGCGUCUCGCGUGCAUGUUGCGACUGCAUCUGCGUCCGGUUCGACAACUUGUCCGCUAUGUCAAGCGCGACAUUACUUAAGCGCUUGUGCAAAGUUUAUUGCCCAGAAUCCGACUCAACGUCGCAAUACGGUCAAGCAAUUCAAGCGCUGCUUCAAUUGUUUGAGUGCCUCUCAUGUAGUUACCGAUUGUAAAAGCCAAUAUUCGUGUCGCUCGUGUAGCAAAAAACAUCAUACGAUGCUUCACCUUGAUUCGGAUUCUGGACUCCCUACCGCAAAAUCGUCCGUAGAGAAAGCUCAAGUCGAUACUCCGGCGACUCCCAUCGAAAUUAACUCGCAUCUCGCUUCCGCGAGUCCCCGCGCACGAUAUCAGGUCCUUCUAGCUACCGCUCACGUAAAGGUUACCUCCGACUCCGGUCGCGCUUCCGUUGUCCGGGCGCUAAUGGAUCAAGGCUCUGAAGCUACUUUUAUCUCUGAGUCCUUGGCGCAAUCUCUGCGCGCCAAGCGAAUUCGGAUGCCCGUGUCCGUUUCAGCUGUUGGCGGCGCUCAAGUGAGGAUGGUCCGCCACGCAACCGCUGUCUCCGUUUCGCCGACCACGUCGGAUACGCCGUCGCUUACCACGACGGCCCUCAUUCUCCCGUCGUUGACGUCGUACGUCCCCAAGCAGACGUCCGACUUCUCAUCCUUCGAUUAUCUGUCUCACCUAACAUGGGCUGAUUCGGAUCCGACAAGUUCCGAGUCAAUUCAUAUGAUCAUCGGCGCUAAUCUCUUCAGCGCAGUCAUUCGCGACGGAGUUCGAGCCGGCACGGCAAAUCAGCCGAUGGCUCAAAAUACCAUUUUUGGCUGGAUCAUUUCUGGCCCCCUCUCUACGGAGCGUUCCUCUCAUCGAACUGCCCUCCAUGUCACCACUCACUGCACCUCGCUAAAUUCUCUCAGCGAGAGUAUUCAGAAAUUCUGGAUUACCGAGGAACUUCCUCAAUCCGGUCUUCUAUCUCCAUGCGAUCAACAGUGCGAGGAACAUUUUCUCGCCACCCAUUCUCGCGCGGCAAACGGACAAUACAUGGUGCGAUUGCCCUUUAAAUCCCCGCCGCCACUUGACAUCGGGUCCUCUCGGCCUAUCGCUGAGCGUCAGUUCACGGCCCUUUCAAGACGCCUUUCUUCUCAACCCGCGAUUCGCGACGAAUAUCACAAAUUUAUGCGUGAAUAUGAAGAGCUCGGUCACAUGCGUCGAAUAUCCGCGGCGAAUACGCCCGCAAGUCAGACCGUUUACAUCCCGCAUCAUCCGGUGUUUCGCGCUGACAGCGUUACCUCGCGUCUCCGAGUCGUCUUCAACGCCUCCAGUCAUACGUCCAACGGCACCUCUCUGAACGAUCACUUGCACGCCGGUCCGAAAUUACAAUCGGAUCUCCCGGCUGUUAUUUUACAGUGGCGUCAACACCGAUUCGUUUACAUCGCCGACAUCGCCAAAAU